UUUCUCGUCAAAGCGUCGUGCUUGCUGUGGAAUCAACAAUUACUUUGCCUCGAUGGUACCUUGAUGAAUACAUUCCUUCACAAAGGCCAUCCCAGCAACCAGUCAUAUGUUCAAGAUGUAUCUAUGAUUCCACGGACUUCCCUCCGCAGGUGUAUAGAGAUCUUGGCAGCACUUAUCUUGAUCGAGCAUGCCGCCCCGCUAGCCUUUUCCCCCCAUCCGCACCCACCAUCCUGGAUAUCGGCGAACCUCAGUCCGCAAUGCGCCCGAUCUGAACAGUCAGGGAGCGUGUCAUGUUUGCUAAUUUCGAGCUGUCUUCCGGCGGAUUGGUUGCGGCGGACAUCAAGCCAAAGCGGACGCGUACGGAUCUGGGUUGUCUACCGUGUCGAAGAAAGAAGAAGAAGUGUGAUUUGGCAAAGCCUUUCUGUGUUCGUUGUCGAAAGAGUAUCGGCAAUGUUGUCUGCGAGUGGCCUGCACAUGCGGCGCCGUUGGUUACUCAAGAUGAUAGACCUCAGCCUGUUCCGGACUUCAAUGUUGGCCAGAAUCCUGUGCCUCUGCUGAGAGACCCUGAUUCUCCAUCCGAGACGACAUUGGUACUUCGAGACAAGGAACCGAUCAGUCAUCGCGGUAAAUCGAUCUCAAAUACGAGGGAAGACGUCUGGAGACCGCCGUCACCACAGGAUAACAUAGAGAAUGCCAUCACUGUCAGGCUUCCCGAGGGUGUCAAAAAGGUGACACCGAAAUUGACAUCAAGUCAAUUGAUUCAAAUCACGACAACUUUCGACAAUGCCAUCAUAUCGCCGGACAAUGGAAGUCUCGACGAAUCGGCUUCGUCUCUAUGUCUGCCAUUAUGCAUACAGAACUCAGCACUCAUGCAUGCAUGGUUGUGCUGCGGCACUGCUUUUGUGACAAGAGCACGACCAGAUGGUAUUCGAAGAGCGCUUAUCCAUUAUCAGCAAGCAGUCCAAGGGCUCGCCACUGCCUUGAGCGUGACUGGCCUGACAUCCCCAGAAUGGAAAGUCGCCACAACCCUAUUGCUGCAUACUUUCGAGUCCAUGAGCCCUAGAGCCGAUGAUCCCGCACACAUGAGAGUAGCACAUCUCAACGGCGCCCACAAUCUGGUCCGCGCAAGCAUGAUGAACAGACCCCCAUCUUCAAUGCACGAGCUCCUAGUCCUCGAAGCCUACUCCUUCCGCACAGUCCACAAUAGACUCUUUCAACCUUUUACCUCCUUACCUUACGACCACAUCGAGAAACUCUUCGAAGCCAUGUGUCUACCCGGAAGUCCUCGACGAGAUAUGAUUCGCACAUGGCGUAAGUGUCCCUGGGUAGGCAUGUGUGCUCCUCUCUUCGAUAUUGCGUUCAAACUAUGCUGGCUGAGGGAUAGACUACCCUUGCAAGGAAGAGACCUAAUCGAUGCAAUCUCUUUAUCAACAAGAAUCAUGAACUGGCGAGCACCUGUGGAAGCACCGGAAGAUCUCUUCGACGUCGUUUCCGGCACCGCAGACACUUUUAUGAUGAAGAACCUUCUCUCGGCCAAAGCUUGGUAUUACGGCUGCCUAUUCCUAUCACAUAAGCUGCUAAACCCAAACAACGGCCCUUUUGAUCCAGAUCUCGUCGCCAUCUCCAGACAAAGUCACAAAGUCUUUCAACAACUGAAUCUUCUCCAAGGUGCUUCUGCACUUCUCCUCUGGCCAAUAUUCCUAUUGGGUAUCGGGGCUGUCACACCAGCUGAUCAAACCACCUUCACCAGUGCAAUUGUUUCUUGUGCUCCUAGAGCGGGUCCUGGUACUAUUUUACGCACUACACAGCUUUUACACUGGGCGUGGGCUCAGGAUGAUAAACUCGAAGCGGGAUUCCUGGGCUCGGAUAUCGUUCUCCAGACUGACAUUCUCCGGCAAUUCUUCAUGUGAAGAAGGGGCAAGUUUGUAUCGAUAUAUGAGCACUUGGACGAACAAGCUCGUACAUCGCAGGCUCUCAAAUCACGAACUGUUCAGUUUUCGCAAAUCUACAUGGGGGAGUGGCGCUGGCGUCUGUCUCCCUUACCUUCCAAUUUUACUCUUCGUACACCAUGUCGAUCUCUCAUUAUUGAACAUUCUUGAG